GGCGGUGGUGGCGGUGGUGGUGGUGGUCGCCGCUGAACCCGCGCGGUGCUGGGGCAGGACUAUGAGACAACAUGGUCUGGUGCGACCCCGGCGUCCAGAUGCUCUUCACGAUGAUGGGCUCGUUCGCAGCCUUCAGUCUGAUGACCGUGGCCAUCGGCACCGAUUACUGGCUGUACUCCCGGGCUCACAUCUGCAACGGCACCAACGCCACCGCAGACGACAGUCAAGUGAAGAAGGAGAGAGCCGCCCUGAUCCACUCGGGGCUUUGGAGGAUCUGCUGUGUGGAAGGCCUUCAGAAAGGAAACUGUUUCCGAAUUAAUUAUUUUCCUGAUGAUGACGAUUACGACCAGGAAGGAUCUGAGUACCUUUUACGUAUAGUUCGUGCGUCCAGCUUAUUCCCUAUCCUGAGUGCCAUCCUGCUGCUGUUGGCAGCCCUGUGUGUUGGAGCAGGCAGAUUGUACAGCAGCAAAACCAACAUCAUGCUGAGCGCUGGCAUUCUCUUUGUAGCGGCAGGACUGAGCAACAUCAUUGGAAUAAUCGUGUAUAUAUCGAGCAACAUGGGCAAUCCCUGGGAUAAGGACGACGACAAGAAGAGCAUGUAUUCUUACGGAUGGUCUUUUUACUUUGGGGCGUUGUCCUUUAUCGUGGCCGAAAUGACCGGCGUGCUCGCUGUGAGCAUUUAUAUCGACAAAAACAAGGAGGUGAGAACCAAAACGCACAGGGAGUAUUUAAAGACCUCCUCCUCGCCCUACGCCAGGAUGUCCACCUACAGAUACAGGCAGCGGAGACGGUCUCGCUCCAGCUCGAGAUCUGAGGAGCCAUCCCCGGCUCGGGAUAUCUCCACUCCCAACAUGAAGGUGGUGAGCAGCACGGUGCCUAUCACCGAAAUCUCCAUGUACACCUUGACCAGAGACACCUCCAAGCCACCCAUUGCUGCCAGCUACCAUCUGGAUCCAGAGGAGAGCUUCCUGCAAGUCCAUAACUGCUUCCAGAAGGAACUCAAAGAAGGGCUCAAUAUGAACAUAGUCAACCGACGGACAACCCCAGUCUGACGCUGCUUGAGUGGGGGGAAAAAACCCUCAAGGACCAACUUAACUCCCUUCUACUUUGGUGAUGGAGAGACAAGAGGUUUGACAAGUCACUAGUCCACCAAUAAAAGGGCCAGUUUCUCCUCUCUUACCCCCACCCCCACCCCACACAUACACCCCCACACACAUACACACACACCACAUUGUUCCUCUUUCCUUGUGGAUCCCUGGAAACCACCAGGUAAUGAACAUUGGCGAGUUCCAUAAUGAAGUCAAAGAGGAGAUGGGAUCGGGAUGGAUAGAGAACAGCUCACAGUCCCAAAAAGUUUCAACCAAAUAAAUAAGUCCGAGGGAGGAGGGGAAGGAAAAGAAACUCCAAUCUUCUGUUGGAAGUCUAAUGGGUCCAAUUGUGUUCAGAUAGUCAUAAAACAAGUUUAAUAUUGAGAACAGUUUUGUAACAUUCAAUAAACGUUGUCUUAUGUCGCAUUUAACAUAGAUACUAAAGUUACCUAGAUACAAAUUUUAGUCUAAAUAGUCUGUUUAUUUUUCUUUCCUUUGAUACUUUUCAAAACACGUUUAAACUCUCAGUGAAGUGCAGAUUCAUCCACUACCCUGGUGGUUCCAGCCACUUUCGCUUACCGCCACUACACCCCGAAGUUCUGGAACUCUCUCCCCCAACCCCUCCACCUUGC